UAGAUUCAAAAAAUGAGGGGGAAUAGAACAUCACACUGUUUUUUUAUUAAAAUUAUUAAAUAGUACACGAGACGAGACAAACGAGAUUCCAAAUAAUAAGUAACUCUAAUAUCAAUUUUGGACCGAUACUACAAAAUAACGCUUUCUGAUAGGAAAAUACAGCUACUGUCAUGUCAAGUUCAAGAAGUCGGUCAGUCAGUCUCGUUGCAAAUUUCAACCAGUUUGAAUGUCAAUACGGUUUUAAAUCGAGGUCUCAUAAUUCGGGCUAUUUGAAAUUAUUUCUGUGUAAUAAUGUCACUAAAAACUGAUGCAGUACCUUCGGGACUGUUUGAGGUGAAUUAAGUAAAUGUACACAGUGAAAUACAUGCUACACUCCUGGUGGUAACUAGUCAGGCCGAACGACGAAGAUGGGGUUGUCGGCGUGGGUGGCGGACACGCUGAGCGUGCUGACCAUCCUGUCAUGCGGCUUCAUGAAGGUGCCGCAGAUCCAGCACGUGCGGCAGGCGAGGAACGCAGAUGGUCUCAUGCUGCAAGCCAUGAUCAUGGAGAUUUCAGGUCACACAACAAUGACGCUGUACAACUACACCAACAGCUACUCCCUCAUCACUUACCUGGAGUACCCCCUCAUCCUGGUCCAGAGCUACAUACUGCUGUACUACACCCUGAAGUUCAAGAGGAAACUGAACAACUCCCUGACGUCCGUGGUCACAUAUUGGACGAUCGUUGUGAGCUUCGUGACCGGCAUCUUACCCAGCUCCAUAUUGACGUAUCUGACGCCCCUGUGCACUCCUCUGAGCGGCAUGUCCAAGGUCAUGUACAUCAUCGGAAUCAUCAUGGACGGCAACGCUGAUGCUGUGUCGCUCACCACUUGGAUCAUAUCCAUCGCCACCAACUUGGCUCGUAUUUUCACCGUCUACAUGGACUCUCAGGACUUCAACCUCAUGGCCAACUUCACCAUCUCGACAUUCCUCAGCACCGGGGUCCUGGUCACCGCCAUCAUCUUCAAGUGCGCUCCGGAGCCCCCGCCCCCCUGCCCCCCGGACCUGCCCCGCAGUCGCCGCAAGAGCACACACGUUGAUUAAGGGUUUUAAACAACUUUUAGAGCCACACUAGUUUGUCAGGCAUGAUAUGAAAAUGUCAGGAAUAAAAAAGUGAGUAUUCGCAGCUAACGCCUUCGCGAUUUCUCGAGUAAAUGCAAUGUUUGUAAGGCGCCUUUGACCAUACUCUAACUGACUAACGUAUCUUCGUUUUUAUUAAAGCUUUAUGCACUAACAGAUUCACAGCGUAUGGAUACGCGGCGAAUCUAAGUGAGAUCUCACACAUUGAUCCCCCCCCCCCCCCCCCUCCCCACUCUAGCUACG